CUUUUGCCAUCCCCCACCACACACGCACCAUGGCCGAACCGGGCCAGUCAAAACGCACGACCGUGUACGUCGCGGGCUUUGCGUCCGGCGUCGACGAGCACCAGCUGCUCGCGGCGUUCGUGACGUUUGGCGACAUUCUCGAGAUCAACCUGCCGACCGAGCAGCAUGAUCCCAAAAAGCACAAAUCCUACGCCUUCAUCACCUUCUCGUCGGCCCAGGACGCGCAGGACGCCAUCGACAACUACGACCUCAACGAGCUGCCCGGAUACCGCGGCCAGGGCAAGUUCCUCAAGUGCUCCAUUGCCAACCCGAACAAGUAUGGCGGCGAGGCGUCGGGCGGCAAGUUUGACCGCGCGUUGUGGGAGUCGGAAGAGUGGCUCCAGGAGCAUGGCCAGACCAAGGGGGAGGACGCUGCGUUGGCAGCCGCUGCGAAUGGAGCGUAGGGCCGCGCUGGUGCAGGCGCGAGCAUAGUGACGACAGGGAGAUCGUAGAGAUAGAGGCAGAGCAUAGGAGACAUGUAUCAAUUAUCGGCA